UGGACUCCAUCUGUGCCCCGUCACUGCUGAGCCUGGUGGCUUUUGUUGACUUGUCGGUUGGAUGACGGAUCAGCAAGCUGACUUCUUCUGUUGCCCUCUGACCUUUCCACCUGGACGGGAUGUGGCUUCCCUCCUGUAGACCAUAGUGUGUGGUGAAGCAGAGACGUGGUGGAAAGCUGAGGGAUCUGACCUCUGCAAGAGACGGCCUCAUGAAGCAUGAGAGGGUGGAGCUGAGGCUCAGCUGACCCUUCCCCUUCCUCCUCCUCUUCCUCUCCCUCCUCUCUCCCCAGCACCGCUCCAUCGACCCCCGUCCUCUGUCUUUCCCCUCCUGUCUUCCGAUUGGCUCUGACCCGCCUCCCCUCCGUCAGCAGCGCCUGAUGUAUUCCCCCGAGCAGGAAAACAUCUCCACCUCCUCCUCCACCAAAGUGCCAGUCAAGUAUGGAGAGCUCAUCGUGCUGGGGUACAAUGGCUCCCUGCCCAACGGCGACCGGGGCAGACGCAAGAGCCGCUUUGCACUUUGUAAGAGGCCGAAGGCCAACGGGGUCAAACCCAGCACAGUCCACGUCUCCUGCUCACCUCAGGCUGAAAAGGCCAUAAGCAACAAAGACCAGCACAGCAUCUCCUACACUCUGUCCCGGGUCCAGACGGUGGUGGUGGAGUACACGCACGACUCCAACACAGACAUGUUCCAGAUCGGGAGGUCCACGGAGAGUCCCAUCGACUUCGUGGUGACGGACACGGUGGCGGGGAGCCAGAGUAACAGCGACACACAGUCGGUCCAGAGCACCAUCUCGCGCUUCGCCUGUCGCAUCAUCUGCCAGCGCUCGCCGCCUCACACCACUCGCAUCUACGCCGCUGGGUUCGACCCCUCCAAGAACAUCUUCCUCGGGGAGAAAGCAGCCAAGUGGAAGACGUCUGACGGACAGAUGGACGGCCUGACCACCAACGGGGUUCUGGUCAUGCACCCCAGGAACGGCUUCACGCAGGACUCCAAGCCGGGGGUCUGGAGGGAGAUCUCCUUGUGCGGCAACGUCUUCACGCUGAGGGAAACGCGCUCGGCCCAGCAGCGAGGAAAGAUGGUGUUGUCGGAGAGCCAGGAGCUGGUGGACGGCUCCCUCAUCGACCUGUGCGGGGCCACGCUGCUGUGGCGGACGGCCGAGGGCCUGUCCCGCACCCCCACGCUCAAACACCUGGAGGCGCUGCGGCAGGAGAUCAACGCCGCCCGGCCCCAGUGCCCCGUGGGCUUCAACACGCUGGCCUUCCCCUCCAUGCGCCGCAAAGACCUGCCGCCGGACGAGAAGCAGCCCUGGGUCUACCUGCGGUGCGGCCACGUGCACGGCUACCACGACUGGGGCAACCACCAGGAGGCGCGCGAGGGCCGGCUGCGCGAGUGCCCCAUGUGCCGGGCCAAGGGCCCCUACGUGCCGCUGUGGCUGGGCUGCGAGGCGGGCUUCUACUUGGACGCGGCCCCGCCCACUCACGCCUUCGACCCCUGCGGCCACGUGUGCUCGGAGAAGACGGCGGCCUUCUGGAGCCAGAUCCCGCUGCCGCACGGCACGCACACCUUCCACGCCGCCUGCCCCUUCUGCGCCCAGCAGCUGAGCAGCGAGCACAGCUACGUCAGACUCAUCUUCCAGGGGCCCCUCGACUGAGGCGGGCCGGAACCCGCUCUGCAGGUGAACUCUUUUUUGGUCCCUCGCUCCUUUCUAAGUGACCUUUGUACGGCUUUUUCAAGAACGACCACACAGAUUUCUAUAUUUCCAAGCCAGAGACACAGAAACCAAACAAAGACGCUGCCGGGCCCCUUUGUGUCUGUGGGGUGUUUCUCGGCUCGGCCGACAUGCGAGCGCCGUCUUUGCAAUAUGCAUCUGUCAGAGCUAAUUUAAAGGAAGUCUUUAUUUAUGUCCGCCAUCUUGGAUCUCUGUGACUUGUGUGUCGUCGUCGCCCGUCUGUGUGUCGCUCCUUCAGGUCAUCACCUCGGCCUUCUUCUCUUGCUGAGCAAUAGACGGCACCGGCCCUUUAAAAGUCCGACCGCAGUCCGGUCACGCGGAGGAGCGUGUGGUGUAGAGGCCCCUCACUCUGGAACCAAACCCUUCACUUGAAGAUGAAGCAUGGCUUCAUGUCGGUGCUGGAGCGUUCCAUUUGUGCUCUCCGAGGACCUUCUAUCUAAAGGGGAAGGGGAGGUGAGUCAGGAGCAGGGGGCGCUCACGCUCCAGCUUGGUCCAGACUGAGGUUGACUGUGUGGAGCAACCAGGUUCUCUCAUGGAGCCUCGGAUGGUCCAGAAGGUGGAGCUCUAGCUCACAGAACCAGGGGUGUCCAAACGGGCCCUCGCCGGGUGCAGGUUUUGGUUCCAACCCAACUCACACACACAGCCGAGGGGCCCUCUCUGGAGCAGUUUGGCGCCCCAGUCCUCAGUCCACUUCCUGUCUGCCUGGCCCUUUAAGAAACAGGUGACGGCUCACCUGGCUCCUCUCUCCCCCGGGGUUACCAUGGUUACCGUCACCAGACUCAGGCCUGACAGAGAAGGGUUCCUCUGUUGCUGGAGAAACCUCUGCUCUCCUGGGGACUCGGUCCUAGCUAGCCGGGGUCAUGCGACCGCGCCGCUGCACAAAUGGCCAUCGCGCUCUCUCCGCCGCAGACACCCACUGUAGAGCUGUCCAGCGUCUCCUCCGCGCGUGCACGACUGUCGCGGAUGAAACCCCGCCUCAGGGAGAAACACUCAUCAGCCAUUCGACUCAGAACAAACCACCUGAAGUUUCAAAAGGGCUGCGCUGUCCGUCGCUCUCCGUCUUCCUCCUCCUCCUCCUGCUUGUUGAUAAAACCCAUUGAAUGUUUCCAGCAAACACGUUUUUGUAACAACUUUAAACAAUAAAGUGGAAAACUUGAGUGUUUCAUCUUGAUACUCGAAACAACACUGCAGCGCUGGCGCACACACACGCAGACGCUUGUAUCUCUAGCCUUGUGAGGACCGCUCAUGGCCAUAACCCUUUCCUCUAGAAAGGUGGUUCAGAGAAAAGCCGGAGUCGGGAAGUUGUUUUCUCUGCGUCUGAUUUAUGGUUUAUGGAGCCGGGGCCACAGGCCACUUCCGCUGAUGUCGUCCGAUACAUUUACCUAUCUAAACCACAGACAAAAUACGGCAGAUCCCAUCUGUCUGUCUGUCACUCAUGUCUGGGAUAAAACAUUCAGAUGUUUGUUCAUGUCCACAAACCGACUCCCCGCGUUGCGCAGUCCUGCAUCCGAUUCCACAUCGAUUCUGAACCAAACUUAAACCCGCUUAUUUUUCAGGUUUUAACCUUCAAAUUGAUGCUUGAACUCACAAGAAGAUGUUGCCAAGAAUUGGCACACAAACACACAAAAAAACCUUCAAAAACAAACCAAAAAAAAACCCAAACACAAAUAAAAACAACAAAAAAAAAUAAAAAUUAAAAUCAGUCUAAAACACAACAGAAACACGAGCAAGAGGUCGUGUAAAUAAAAACACACACAGGUGCAUUGAACGCACGGCGACAGCGUGAUCUCAUAUUGCACUUUAAUGAGUGAGCGCUUCCACACUCACACACAGAGGAACUUGCUCUCAGGCUCGGGUCACAAACACACACGUCCCCACACCAACAUGGCUGUGAACCAAGGUAAAGCACGGUGACGGCGGUAUGAAGGAAGGGAGGGAGG